CACAACAGAACACCGGCAGUGACGUAACUGUCGAGAUGUAUACGCCCCCAACAUUUGCAUAUACACGCCCAUCUUCGAGGCAAGCUGGACGUUCACAGCGUAAUCAUCUGGGUAUUACAAAGUAACAAGCGAGGACGAAAAUGACAGAACAUGGAAACAAAUGUUAUGUUCCAGGUUGUGCGGGGCAUGUGAGCACUUUCCAUACCCUUCCCACAGAAAAGAAGUGUCAACAGGCAUGGUUGAUGUUUAUAUACAACCGGAUACCGGAGCAGUUUAAUCACAAAUUGUUAAUUUGUUCUGACCAUUUUACCGCGGACAGUUUUUCGAACCUGGGACAAUAUCACGCAGGAUUCGCCCAGCGUUUGGUACUAAAAAAGGGAGCAAUUCCAACAAUAUGGCAAUUACAAACCCUACAAUCCAGUACAUCACAGCCCCUGUGCACAAAAGAUGUAGGCUGUCAAACAGAUGAUCCUGUGGUUUUAUCUAAGGGAACACAGCUGUCUUUGACAACAUUGAGGCCCCACCUUCGAAGCAAAGGCGUACAGGUGACAGUGCCAUCUCAAAGUGUGGCGGUAGGCACCACAACUCCAACAAUGCCAUGGCCCACAAUGCUGCCUUUUACAUCGACACCAGUGAAGGAUUCAAGGCCAGCCAAAAGACCCCGUGUUGAAUUGGAGGAGGAUCAGGAAAUGGGGGAUGUUUCCUUUGCUGUCACUGAUCCACAAGAUUCCACAUAUGAUCCUGCACAGUCUGUUACAACUGAGACACAAUCUUCACAGGUUUCUGCCACAUCAAUGCCAUUCCAUAAGGAUACAAAGUAUAUUGUAUUUGAAAAAUGCCUUCUUAGCCUGUUCGAGAAUUGUCCUAUUUGUACCAGGGCUUGUAAUGUCCACCCACGCAGAAGAGGGACCUUCAUAGCCAUUGACCAGCUGUGCCCUCACUGUGACUUUUUUAGGCAGUGGAGGAGUCAGCCUGUCAUUGGCAGCACACCUGUGGGGAACCUUCAGUUGUCUGCUGCCAUCUAUUUUAGUGGAGCAUCCUUUUUGAAGAUGCAAAAGGUGUUUAGGGCGAUGUACCUGAAAACGCAUACAUAUGAUGCUUUUAGAAGACAUGCCAACACAUACCUUCAACCUGCUAUCAUCCACAAGUGGAAUGAAGAGCAAAAUUUGAAGCUACAAUACUUGACGCAGCACGACAGUGUCAUUCUUGGUGGUGACAUGCGAGCAGACUCGCCAGGACAUUCUGCGAAGUAUGGGAGCUACACCAUGAUGGACUUGCAGACCAACAACAUUGUAGACAUACAGCUGGUACAGAGUAAUGAGGUAGGGGGAAGCUACCACAUGGAAAAGGAGGGCCUUAGACGAAGUUUGAAUUGCCUAUCAGAAAGCGGUGUAACGUUGGACUGCAUUGUCACUGACCGUCACCCCCAAAUACAAAAGUUCCUGAAGGAUCGUAAAAUCAAACACUAUUAUGACGUCUGGCAUAUGGCUAAAGGGUUGUCAAAGAAGGUGGAGAAAAUUUCUAGAGAGAAAGACUGCAGUUUGGUGAAGAAGUGGCAUAAGAGUAUCAUCAACCACCUGUACUGGUCUGCCACUAGCUCUGCUUCAGGACCAGAGAAGUUAGCCAAAUGGACCUCUAUCAUCAACCACAUUCAAGACAUUCACACACAUUCUGACCCAGCCUUCCCUAGGUGUAAACAUGCACAAAGAUUGUCUAAGGACCAUAGAAAGUGGUUUCAACCAGGUUCAAGAGCACUAAAUAGGCUACAGAAUGUGCUGAUUAACAAAAGAGUCCUUUCAGAUGUGGAAAAGCUGAGCCCACAUUACCAGACAUCAACUGUAGAGUCAUUUCACAAAGUCAUCUUACACUUUGCACCCAAAAAUGUUGUGUUCCCCUUCAUCGGAAUGCUAUGCAGGUUAUAUCUUGCAGCAAUGCACUUUAAUGAGAAUGCUGUACGGCCACAACUGAGAACAUCUAAAGGGAAACCUGUGUACAAGCUUCUCUUUCCAAAGGCCAAAAAGGGAGGACAUACUGUCAAACCCGUAAAGACAGAGCCAACAUUUUGCUAUGUCACCAGCUUGAUGGACAGUGUUUUUGAAGAGGCUGUCUGUGAUCCCCUUCCAUUUCUGGAUGCCGUACAGCAGAUUCCUGUGCCUCCGUACCUGUCUGCUCAGCAUGACAGACCUUCCAUGGAGGAAGCUGUUGCGGAGCAUGUGUCACGUUUCAGUCAAGGGGGGGUCUGA